CCAGUCGUCAACAUGUAUUACAUCCUGUUAACUGAAAUGGAGACUACUGCUUUUACAUCGUGUAAAAUACAGGGUUUACAGUCUGAAGAGUUAAACAGUCUAAAGCAGGAAUUCAAUAAUUUGGGACUUACGAAUAGCAAUACAGAAAACUUCUUUGAAGUGGACACUCCAGCAAUUCGAGUUCUAAAUUUGUUGGCUGACAAAUAUUAUUACAGAGUUUCGAGUCAGUCAAUGGCGAUGGAAAAAACAAAUAUUGGAGGCAGAACCAUUCAAAUACAAAAACUAGUCUGGACACUAAAUAAAAAAUGAAAUUUCUGCAAUGAAAGCAUUUAUUAAAUAAAUAAUCAAAAAUAUUAUUAAUUUGCAUUUUCUAUAGUUAAUUCAC